GAAAUGUUCGCCCUUGUGCUGACCGCAGAGCUUACGGGCGUAACCAAUUUGCGCCCCGAUGAUACGCAAGACAACCCGUUCUGGUACAUGUUCAAGGUUCAGUGUACAUCUUGCAGAGAGACGCAUGAGAAUUAUGUUGGCGUAAACCGCUUCGAAACCAAUGAAAUGAGCGGCAGUCGGGGCGAGGCGAACUUUGUCUGGAGAUGCAAGAACUGCAAGCGAGAGUCAUCUGCGACAAUCAAGGCUGCCCCAUCGGCCUAUGAACAGGGAGAGCCCCCCAAGCCGCAAAAGGUGUUUGAGUUUGACUGCAGAGGUUUGGAGUUUACAGAGUUCAAGGCAGAGGGCGAGUGGUUGGCCGACGGAAUCGACUCCGGCACCAAGUUUACUGGAAUUGAGCUGAUAGAUGGGGAAUGGUUUGACUAUGAUGAGAAGGCGGGUGAGGAGGUCAGCAUCAAGGAGCUGGUGUGGGAAAUUAAGAGAGCGUAAUGUACAAUUUUUUGUCGUAACUCAGUGUAUAAAUGCAAAACUCAUCCAACUGCUUUCACACAGAAUUGCUGAAGGGUUCACAUACCAAAGAGCACAUACACUAUUAAAUUCACUCCCCACAAAAUCAUUCAGACACCCUGCCCCACUCACAUGUCCAUCACGGUGCUGAACUUGAAAGCUUCAAACCUGACCCAGCUUUUAUUUACUGAAGAGAGCAGCACAACUCCCCCAGCGUCACCACAUGGCAUCUGUCACCGCAAACUCACCGGCAAUCACCUUCCUCACGGACGCUGCUCACCUACUUCGAGAUGCAGCUCCAGAGACAUCGGCGCAUCUCCUAAGCCAGAGAGCAGGGCUUUUAUACUCUCACGACAUGGCGCCCUCAGACCUUGAGCGACAGCAUGUUUGCGCUGCCUGUGGACACAUCAUGAUCCCCGGACAAGGAACACAUCUGAAGUUGAAGACAUUGAGAGCGUCGAGGAGAAAGUCGCGUUCUUCCAAGACGGCGAAACCGGGCUCUGCGCGAGAGCGAUCCAAGGAGUGGACAUGCGGCUUCUGCGCCAGAGUCACCAGAAUCGCACUCGCGGCUCCCGAACCUGUGACACGCCACAGAGCUUCCAAGGCAAAGAUGCAAAAGCCCACAGGCAAUAUCGAGGCCCAAAAACCAGCCACUGCGAACGCGAGCAGCAAGAAGCGCGCCAAGAAUCGCAAGGCCGGAUUGCAGGCUCUACUCUCUGGCCAGCAGCGCCAAUCGAACCCGCUGUCGCUUGCAGACUUUAUGAUGAAAUAAGCCGACAGGUCAAUUGCCUGGUCAAUUGCCUUUAGCGGGCAGCCAAGACGGCGAAAUUCUCAU